UUACACAAUAUAAUAAUAAUAAUUCAUGUGAUAAUAUAUAUUUUAUGAAUAACUUAUAUAAAUGAUUUAUACAGUACAGGGGACCAUUGAAACACUUACAAACUAAUCAUAUAAUAUGAAAAGAUUUAGGAUAUAUGAAAAGUCUAUAAGAAUUAAAAAGAUUUUUAUGGAUAAAGAAACUCAACAGUAUGUGAUAGAUACUGUCAUCGCUGCACUUCAUCUAUACAAUGAUGAUUAUAAACAUAUGGGAAAGUAUAUUGAAAAUAAACUCAAUGAAAAGUAUUUACCAACAUGGCAUUGUAUUAUUGAUUAUGAUAUGAAAAGUUCAAAGUUACAACCAGCUCAAUAUCUUAUUCUAUUCAAGUGUGAAGAUAAAGACUUUUUUGUUUUCAAGACAAUCUAAAUAAAAAAGGAAUUCAUUGAUAAUAAACUAUUUUUUAAAGUGAUUGACACAUACUACUACUACUACUACUUUCAUAUUCAUUUUGAUAUCUCCCUACAAAAAAAUUUUAUACCUCAAUAUUUGAACCUAUUUUUCAACUAAAAAACUUCUAUUUGUAUUUUUACAUUGUAUCAAUUCAUCAGAAUUGUAAGAUUUUUGAUAAUCAGUUAUGAAAUUGGGAUAUCUGUCAGGCUUUUUUUACACUGGUAUCAACCAACACUGGUAAGGUAAACAUGUCUACAUCAAAUUAACUUAAUAAUAUCGUUUUAUCUUCGGUUUA